AUGGCAGAGAAAACCACCACGACUGCAGAGAUACGGGCAGAAGGGCUCGAUGCCGGCCAGCUAGCUAGAGAUGGACUGACUGCCACAGACAGACAUGGAUCAGCUUUAAUGACCUUUGACGCCAAAGCCGAAGCUCGCUUGCGACUGAAAAUUGAUUUAUUGGUUGUUCCCGUUGUCGCACUCAUCUUCCUCUUCUCCUUCAUAGACCGGGCCAAUAUAGGGAACGCCCGCUUGGCCGGCCUGGAGAAGGAGCUCGGAUUGAAGGGCAAUGACUUCAAUGCUAUCAAUAGCAUUUUCUUCGUCGCUUAUAUCCUCUUUGUGACGCCGUUGAACCUGGUUUGUAAAAUGGUUGGCCCAGGAUGGUAUCUCCCAGUCGUGACAUUGGCGUUUGGGUUCACAUCCAUCGGAACCGCCUAUGUCCACAACUUCUCCCAGUUGGCUGGUGUCAGAUUCUUGUUGGGUGUUUUUGAGGCUGGAAUCAUGCCAGGAACAGCAUAUUAUGUGGGUCAUAUUCUUUCAUGUACCAAGGGCAGGCAUAUGUAA